GUUCUCUAGUUUAUUUCAGCAUUAUAUUCAAUAAAAAAGGCUGGAAUAAAAUUGUUCAAAGAAACCAAAAUAACAUGCAAAACUAUUGAAGAACAAGUUGGAGUAUAAUAAAAAAAUUGUAUAAUCCUCAUGCCUACUCGCCUACAGCAGAAGUUUACCUUUCUUGAAAGGUGUGAGGUUAUAAUAUACUUGAAAAAUACCAUUCUGAAAUAUAUUUUGCAGCUGAGGAAGGAUUUUAAUAAACAACUUGGUAUAUAUUAGUAAUAAUAGAGGAAUUGGUACCACGAAUGAGAGAAAAUUUUACAGUAACAAAAUCUCAUGACGCUUGCUAAUAUGCGUUUGAUUUGAUAACAUGCGGUUACCAAACGGACCCAUCAAUGGCAAUUAUCACAACUAAUUUUAUGCAAAAAAUAAAAUGGACUUAGAAGGUCUCAAAGAUAUGUUAAAACCAAUGAGCAAAUCUUGUAAAACGAAAACUGGAGUCUCGGAUGCAGUGGUUGCUGGUACAAAAGAUGGAUUGUUUCCAAAGGAAAGGCCACUUAUGUGCUUUCUCAAGUGUCUUUCAGUGAUGUUAAAAGCUAUGAACAAAAAAGGAGAAUUUACUCUACGUGAUCUUAAUAAGCAAAUCGAUUUGUUAAUAAUGGAAGAUCUAGCUCCUCGAAUGAAAGCAGUAGUGAAAAAAUGUGUGGAUAAUGUACCUCCAUCAGACGACCCCUGCGAAUUAGCUUAUAACAUGGUUGUCUGUGGCUACAACGAAGAUUCAUCUCUAUACUUUUUACCGUCAUGAUUUUUUACGGGAGUACAAAAAAUAUUUUAUACAGAGAAAAAUUUAACAUAUUUCGAAUUUUAUGUUCAAGACUCAAAUUGACAAAAAUGUAAUAGCUGACAAUCACCAAGAUGAAAGUGAUGUAUCUAUGUAAAUGUUUUCUGUAAGUGUAAACAUUGCCAACUCAAUAUUUUGUGAACAAUUUACUUAAAAAGUAAAAAAUUUGAAUGUUACAUAGUAAUUUAUAUACAUAAUUUUAAGUCUGAUUAUAUAUAAUUUUAAUAUUUUGAAAUGUCGAUGGAACUGCAUUUUAUAUAGGUAUUUUCUCUUAAAAUUGUAAAUACUAAUCAAAAUGUUGAUUUGAAAGUUUACUAAUUAAAAGAUGUUCGUAUCAUUCUUGGAAGCAUGUCAAAUU